GUGCGUUUACCAAUCCGCUCAUUCACACCCUGAUAUGAGAGCAUCCAGGUGGACAGUGGCUAGUUGAUUAUAAACCAGUUGCCAGCAUGUUCCGCAGCCGUAGCUGGUUUGGCGGUCCUUGGGGCGGGCGGCCAAAAAACCGUUUGUCCCUGGAGCACCUCAAGUACCUGUACAGUAUUUUGGAGAAGAACACCACAGUAUCUGAGAACAAUCGCGGUCUGCUGGUUGAAUCACUGCGAUGCAUUGCUGAGAUCCUCAUCUGGGGUGACCAGCACGAUUCUCUAGUAUUCGACUUCUUUUUGGAGAAGAAUAUGCUCUCCUACUUCCUGCACAUCAUGCGUCAAAAGAGCGGAGGCUCUAGCUUCGUAUGUGUUCAGUUGCUUCAGACUCUUAACAUUCUGUUCGAGAAUAUCAGGAAUGAGACAUCGCUGUAUUAUCUGCUGAGCAAUAACCAUGUAAACUCUAUUAUGGUGCACAAGUUCGAUUUUUCCGAUGAGGAUGUAAUGGGCUACUAUAUCCUCUUCCUUAAGACGCUGAGUUUAAAGCUUAACACUCAUACUAUUCAUUUCUUUUAUAACGAGCACACAAACGACUUUCCGUUGUACACGGAAGCCAUUAAGUUCUUUAAUCACCCAGAGUCCAUGGUGAGGAUUGCAGUACGUACAAUUUCCCUGAACGUCUACAAGGUGCAGAACUCCAGCAUGUUGCGUUUUAUUAGAGACAAAACGGCAGCCCCUUAUUUUAGCAACUUGGUUUGGUUUAUUGGUAAGCAUAUUCUCGAGCUGGAUACAUGUGUUCGCACGGACAUCGACCAUCAAUCGAACCAGAAACUAUCCAACUUGGUGGCAGAGCACCUGGACCACUUGCACUAUCUAAGUGACAUCUUGCUGCUGGACAUAAAAGAUCUGAACGCAGUGCUCACGGAGCACCUGCUGCACAAGUUGUUUGUGCCCUUGUAUAUAUUUUCCUUAACGCCAGCUCCUCCUCCGCCCUCGCUUGCAGUGGUCACCCAGAACCUUGCAGCCGUCCUCAAUCGUAACGUGGAUAUCGACAUCCAAGAGAUACAGCAUCCGCGCGUGAGCUCUAUCGUAGCUCUAUACCUGCUAUCGCUGGUGUUUUUGGUUGUCUCUCACGCCCCGUUGGUUCAUGCUCUCGCCUGGGUGAUCCUUAACGGCGAUCAUAGUGUGUUCAAGGAAGGCGCUGCCGAGAUCUUAAAUUCAUAUGUGGAGCGCCGUGAGGUUGUGGUACCCGGUUUUGGGGAACCUGUUGAGAGUCUUGAGCAGGCCCUGGAUACGGUCACGGGUCAGGGAAGUACCUCCAGCUAUGCUUUAAGCGAAGACAGUGGCGUUGAGUCUUCCUCCCCGGCAGCCACGGAAGCGGAGUCUCAAGCAGAAGCCAUGACUUCGGAGGAUCUAAAACUGCGCAACAUAACAGAUGAAGAGAAGCAGAGGCUGCAGCAGUCGACCUCUUCCGCGAAAGCGGACUUUGGUGAGCUGGCCAAGCCGUUCUUGGAUACAGUUCUACAUGCCUUGGAUUGUACUGAAAAUGACUAUCUAGCUCUGCUGUCAUUGUGCCUCAUCUACGCCAUGUCGCACAACAGAGGUAUUAAGAAUGAGUGGUUUGAGCAAGUUCUAGCAAAGUCAACAAGAGGCUCAUUUAGCUACAAGACGGCGCUGAUAGAGCAGUUGCUAAACAUCAUCACCCAGUCCAGUCAGCCAUCCUGCCGCAUUCGUCUAAUAACUGUUGAGAUCGCCCUGGAACUGCUGGUUACUUUUACUAGACCCAACUCCGAUGAGGCCCGCUGCAUCACCCCCUCCCAACAGGAUCUGCUCUUUAGCGCCCGAAAUCAGUCAAUGGUGGUUUUGAGAAACUUUUACAAGUCGGAAGACAUCUUUCUAGACCUGUUUGAGGAUGAGUACAAUGAGAUGCGCAAGGCUCAGUUGAAUGUGGAGUUUUUGUGCAUGGAUUCUGCAAUACUACUGCCGCCAACAGGAACUCCUCUCACGGGUAUUGGUUUUACACGUCGUUUACCUUGCGGGGAGGUGGAGAAGGCCAGACGGGCCAUCCGCGUUUACUUUCUGCUACGCCGCACGUGCCAAAAGUUUCUCAACGAGAAGGAGAGCCUGCUGCCCCUGACGAAUGCCGUAAAUCUCGUCCAAGUGGAAAAUGUGCUAGAUUUAAACAACAGCGACUUAAUCGCGUGUACCGUAGUUGCAAAAGACAGCAGCAAACAACGGCGAUUCCUCGUCAUUGACGCUCUGCAACUCAUCCUCGUAGAACCAGAUGCCAAGCUGCUCGGCUGGGGUGUAGCCAAGUUCGUGGGCUUCCUGCAGGACGUGGAGGUGCAAGGUGAUAAGGAUGAUUCCCGAUGUCUCCACAUCACGGUCCACCGAGGCGGUGUUACUCAUAACCGUACCCCGCUUCUCUCUGCCAAGUUCCUGUUUGACGACCAUAUCCGCUGCAUGGCCGCUAAGCAACGACUGACUAAGGGUCGCAGCAAAGCGCGCCAGAAAAAGAUGUACCAAAUCGCACAGCUCAUUGAGAUCCCUGGUCAGAUGGAUUCUCCCGUAUUUGCCGUGGGCGGGACAAUGGCGGUCCCUUCUGGGAGUGGCAGCGCGAAUAGCAGCGGAAGCAGCUCGCGCAGUGGCCACCACCGACCUAUGUUUUCAACGGCGAACCGCGUUCCAGGAUUUGCAGCAGUACUGAGAGGAGGCAAUAGCGCUGGAGUUAGCCGAACCCAAAUGGCCCAAAACCGGUCAAUCGAGGGCAUUCGAAACGAAAGCGCAGGUCGCUCCAGGCGACGCAGUCCUAACUCCACAAUGGGAUCGAAUCUGAGGCCGGAUCACUCUGACCGGGAGAGGUCGCCUAGUGUAAGCUUGUGCAGUCAAACAUCUUCGCAAUCGCGGGAAAACUCUCAGCCUAGAAGUACCGGUAACCGAUCACGUGACAACAGUCCCAGGAUGCCCAGACCGCGUUCAGAGGAAAUACCUCUGGAGGACUUCCAGCACUCGCGCACCAACAGUCCGCACUCACGCGGUAACCAUUCGCCUGCCUCCCGCUCCCACACACCCAGUCGUAUGCACCUUUAUGAUCAAAUUUCCGUGCACAGCGGGUCCCCACGAGAAGCACCACUGAUCGGCACGAAUGCUCUUCUUAGCCAGCUGAACGGUGUGCCAAUGGGUCGUGAGGUGAUAGCGGUGCAAAGCUCUGAGGAGACCUCCUUUAUCGGCAACGAUGCAACUGACUCUGCAAGUGGCUCUGAGGCCAGGCGCCGGGGAGCUAUAGAAACGGUCUAGAUUAGCUUAAAAAUUCUAGUGUUAAACUAACAAAAUUUAUGCUUAGACUGUUGCUAAAACUUUGUUAUUCCAUUUAACUUAUCCGGUGGUAUACUCUAUUUGCUUUUCAUUUUAAAUAAAAGUUGUUUUGACGAAUUUUAAUUUAA